UCAUUUUUACUCUCGCGGAACUGCUGUACGUGUUAUUAGUAUUUGAUAAAGAGGAGAAUGUUUAUCUCUGAAUUUCAUGAUAUAUAAAUACUUGAAUGGUAAACAAGAUGGAGGAUGAUGCACCGGUUAUUUAUGGCCUGGAGUUUCAGGCUCGAGCUCUGACAGCUCAGACAGCUGAGACAGAUGCCAUCAGGUUUCUAGUGGGCACACAGUCACUCAAAUUUGAUAACCAGAUCCACAUCAUUGACUUUGAUGAUGAGAAUAACAUGAUUAAUAAGAGCGUCCUCCUGCACGAUGCUGGAGAGAUCUGGCACAUCAGCGGCAGUCCGGCAGACAAGGCCGUGUUGACCACAUGCUACAACAAGACGUCUGAGAGUCGUGUGCUGACGUGUGCGGCGGUGUGGCGGAUGCCCCCCGAAUGGGAAUCCGGCAGCCACGAGUCCCCCGACGAUUCCUCAAACAACCCGCAGACCCUGGAGCUUCUCUGUCACCUUGACAACAGUGCCCACGGCAGCAUGGCCUGUGUGUUAUGGGAGCCCAUGGGUGAUGGAAAACGUGUGAUUUCUCUGGCUGAAAACCACGUGCUGCUGUGGGAUCUCCAGGAGAGCUCGGCCAAGGCCACGAUCUCGAGCAGCGCCACCCUGGAGGGUAAAGGACAGCUGAAGUUCACCGCGGGCAAGUGGAGUCCACAUCACAACUGCACACAGCUGGCCACUGCCAACGACACGGCCAUCCGAGGCUGGGACCUGCGCAGCAUGAGUCAGAUCUACUGCAUUGAGAACGCUCACGGGCAGCUCGUGCGGGACCUCGACUUCAACCCCAACAAGCAGUAUUACCUGGCCAGCUGUGGAGACGACUGUAAAGUCAAGUUCUGGGACGUGCGUCACAUCAGCGAGCCGGUCAAGUGUCUGGAGGAGCACUCGCACUGGGUGUGGAGUGUGAGGUACAAUCACUCUCACGACCAGCUCCUGCUCACGGCCAGCAGUGACAGCAGGGUGAUCCUGUCCAACAUGGUGUCCAUCUCCUCAGAGCCGUUUGGCCACCUGGUGGAUGACGAUGACCUCAGUGACCCUGAGGAGAACCAGCAGGAGGCCAAGGGGAAGGAGCCAUUGCAAGAUAGCAUCAUCUCCACAUAUGAGGAGCACGAGGACAGUGUGUAUGCCGUGGAGUGGUCCGCUGCAGACCCCUGGCUCUUCGCCUCGCUCAGCUACGACGGGCGGCUGGUGAUCAACAGAGUCCCACGAGCACUUAAAUACCGCAUUUUACUGUAGAGCAGGCCCUUGGGGAGCCCAGGUGAUGAUUACCUUCACAAGAGCUCUGAUUAGCAUUCAGGAAUAAACCCCGGCAAAAUGAAAGGAAACAGAGGAGCGCAGCCGGACCGGUGGAGAAUCAGUAAUCGCAGGCUAUUGGAUGGCCUUGGGAAUCGGUCUGAACUCUGCGCUCCUCUAUUGGUGAAGUCUCACGGGGAAAUGCUCUUUCAUUUGAAUCUUGCUGUGUGGAGGAUUAUUUUUCGGCUUUUACAGAUUAUUUGCAUUUUGAAGGCACAAUGUGUCUGAGGUCAUCCAUAAAACGCCCCAGAAGUGAUGUUUGUUUGGAAAAUUGUGUAAGACAAGGAAUGUCACAUGACUUCUAAGAGGGUGUCAUCAUUUAUUGAGGAAAAAAGAAAGGCAAGAUAACCUACAGUGUAAGAAAUGUCCGUUAUGCCGAGUUCAGACUGCAUGAUUUUAGCCUCGAUUUUGACUCGCAGACAGGUUUUGAGAAAUCGCCGACAAAUGCCUGAAAUCUGAAGCGCACUAUCUCGCUACCUCCGGCAAAUCAACUCCGUAUCCCCCGGAAAUUACUUUUCCCAACUUGGGAUAUGUCUGCCGUAGCGGUUUCAAGAGUUCACACU